AUGGUUGAGAUGGAAAAAGCAGUUGCACUAUUCAAGAAUCCUAAUUUCACUAUUCAAGAAUUAAUCAAUUCCAUAUAUUUAGAUACAUUAAUAGUAAAACAAUGUUUUCAAUCAAUAUUUAUUCUAUUCAAUAAUCAAUAUAACAAUCAAUCUAAUGAAACUUCAAGUAUCUAUCCAAUCAAUUUAUUUGUUCUUAAAGAUUAUUCACAAAUCAAUAUUUCAUCUUUAUUUAUAAAGAACUCAUCUGAGAAUAUAACAUCUUGGACAUAUUCACCAUUUUAUAUACAUAAUAAUAAUAAUCAUAAUAAUGAUAAUCAUAUAAAUUGGUUACCUAAUUUGAUCAUUUCUCAAAUCCCUUUAUUAAUCCAUAUUCCAAUAUAUUCAAUAUAUUCAAUCAAUAAAUCAAUUCGUUGGUUAAUUACUUUUAGAUUAUCUAUUCAAUUUAAUAAAAAUACUAAACAUGUAAUAAAAGAUCCAUUUCUAAUACUAUCGGUUUAUCCAUAUAUUGUAUGGAUGAAUUCAUUGAAGAUCAAUACAUCUAAUUCAUGGUAUUCACCUAAAAUCAUAAUUAAUUUACAAAAUAUCAAUAAUAAUCAACAUCAACAACAAAUUGAUUUAAAUUUAUUUACUUAUACAUCAGAUGAUUUAUUUUUUAAUAAUGAUGAUCGUGAUCAUGAUCGCAAUCGUGAUCGUGAUCGCGAUCCUGAUCGUGAUCGUGAUCAUCAUUAUGAUCUAAAUAAUGAUAAUGAUAUGACUAUUUAUUUUAAUAUACAUAUUAUGAAUAAUUCCAAUUCAUAUUUAUUACAUGUAUAUCAUCCAUUUAUUUUUACAUUAAAUAAUUUCAUAUAUAAUUAUUAUAAUUUAGAUCAUUAUUUUUCAUUGAUGUUAUAUAAAUCAAUUAAUGCAUUCCCAUUAUGUAUAUAUCCAUUUUAUAAACAAUGGACUAUUCAUACUACUACUAAUAAUAAUCAUGAUAAUCAGGAUCCAUUUGAUACUUAUUUAGUUGCUAAGCAACAAUGGAUCAUGAAUCAAUUCGAAAUGAAACUUAAUCAAUUUUGUACAUGGAAUUUAUAUAAAUUUAAUAAAUCUUUAUUGUAUUUAAUAACUAAUGGUAUAUUUAAUGGUUUAUGUAUAUAUAUAAAUAUGAAUUGGGAUUUAUCAAAAUCAAUCAUCAUUGAAAUACGUUCAAGUUCACAUAUAUUACUGAAUCUAUUAGAUCAUGUAUUAUUGACACAAAAUAAUAUUAAUGAUCACUUUCACUUGGUUCCUUAUAUUCAAUCAUUAUUACCAAACGAUACAUUAUUUAAUAUACAAAAAUCAAUAAUCGAUUUAUUACAUUGUUUAAUUUAUGAAAUACAAUAUCUGAUUGAUGAAUUCACUCAACUGAUUCAAUAUACCAUGUAUAAACGAAUACCUAAAUUACCAGUAUAUUUUAAAGAUUUAACAAAUAUUCUUGAUAUUGUAUAUUAUUCUAAUGAAUGGAGAACAAUAGUAAAUAAUGCAAGUAUUAUACCAAUUGAUUAUAAUAUUUUAUCAAAUUUAGAAUAUAAUCAAUUAUAUUUACAAACAGAUAUACAUUUAAAAUAUCUUUGUUUUGAAAAUAGUUUCUAA